AUGUUCAACGGGAAUGACAAAGAAAUCCUGAAGGCAUUUGGAGAAGAGGUUAAGAGUUCAGGGAAAUACCCUUUAGUUGUGAGUACCUGGCCAUUCUUGGAAGCUGUUAGAGCAGCCUGGAGAACUGUUGAUAGUGGGCUUUCAGCCAUGGAUGCAGUUGUGGAAGGUUGUUCUGCUUGUGAGGAAUUAAGAUGUGAUGGUACAGUUGGUCCUGGUGGAAGUCCAGAUGAAAAUGGAGAAACCACGAUGGAUGCCAUGAUAAUGAAUGGGGUGACAAUGGAGGUUGGAGCUGUUGCUGCAAUGAGGUAUGUGAGUGAUGGAAUCAAAGCUGCAAGACUAGUAAUGCAGCAUACUAAACACACUAUGCUUGUUGGCGAGCAAGCAUCUGUCUUUGCCAUUUCAAUGGGUCUUCCGGGGCCCACAAACCUAAGCUCUGAAGAAUCGAUAGAUAAAUGGAUCAAAUGGAAAGAAAACAAGUGUCAGCCUAAUUUUAGGAAAAAUGUUCUGCCUGUUGAUGAUUGUGGUCCUUACCAUGCAAUGAAUGCUGUAAACCUUGGCGAGAACAUAUGCACAAAUUCCAAUUGGUUGGAUUGUGGUAAAUUAGGGUCUUGUCACAUUAAUCUCCACAACCACGACACAAUAUCCAUGGCUGUCAUUGACAAAAUGGGACAUAUUGCUGUGGGUACAUCAACUAAUGGGGCCACUUUUAAAAUCCCGGGCAGGGUUGGUGAUGGACCUAUUGCUGGAUCAUCUGCAUAUGCUGACAGUGAAGUUGGAGCCUGUGGUGCAACUGGAGAUGGUGAUAUCAUGAUGCGCUUCCUUCCAUGCUAUCAGGUUGUGGAGAGCAUGAGGUUAGGGAUGGAACCUAAGCGAGCUGCUGAGGACGCCAUAUCAAGAAUUGCGCGGAAAUAUCCUGAUUUUGUAGGUGCUAUAUUUGCGGUCAACAAGAAUGGCGUCCAUGCGGGUGCAUGCCAUGGAUGGACGUUUCAAUACUCGGUAAGGAGUCCCGACAUGGAAGAUGUAAAGGUUUAUACUGUUGUCCCGGAAAUUCCAACACCUUAA